AUGCAACCGAAUCCAGAACUUGUCUGCGCCAUCGCCAACCGCUACGCCGCGAAUCUCCGCCUCUGUUUGCCGCUCCGACGAACGUCUCUGCAGCUCGCGCGAGCCAUCCACGCCAAUAUCAUCACUUUCGGUUUCCAGCCACGUGCCCACAUCCUCAACCGUUUGAUCGAUGUCUAUUGCAAAUCGUCAGAGCUUCACUAUGCACGCCAGCUGUUCGACGAAACCUCCGAGCCAGAUAAAAUCGCCAGAACCACCAUGGUCUCCGGCUAUUGUGCUUCCGGGGAAAUCACCCUCGCUCGGCGUGUUUUCGACGAAACUCCCGUGAGUAUGAGAGAUACUGUAAUGUACAACGCCAUGAUCACCGGCUUCACCCACAAUGACGACGGCUACGCUGCUAUCAACAUGCUCUGUGACAUGAAGCGCGAAGGAUUCAAACCUGAUAACUUCACUUUCUCGAGUGCUCUCGCCGGUUUGGCGCUUGUUGCCGAAGAUGAGAAAGACUGUGCGCAACUUCACGCCGCGGCUCUGAAAUCCGGCGCCGGUUACAUCACCUCGGUGUUGAACGCGCUGGUGUCUGUGUAUUCGAAAUGUGCUUCUUCUCCUUUGUCUACUUCAUCUUCUCUGUUACAUUCAGCGAGGAAAGUGUUCGAUGAGAUCCCUGAGAAAGAUGAGAGGUCGUGGACGACUAUGAUCACGGGUUAUGUAAAGAAUGGAGCUUUUGAUUCAGGGAAAGAGUUGCUUGAGGGGAUGGACGAGAACAUGAAGCUUGCUGCGUAUAACGCUAUGAUUUCUGGCUAUGUCAAUCGCGGGUUGUAUCAGGAGGCGUUAGAGAUGGUUAGAAGGAUGGUUUCAUCUGGAACUGAGCUCGACGAGUUUACGUAUCCUAGCGUUAUAAGGGCGUGUGCCAGUGCUGGAUUGCUUCAGCUGGGAAAGCAAGUUCAUGGUUAUGCAUUAAGAAGGGAGAAGACUUUCUCGUUUCAUCUUGACAAUUCUUUGGUCUCUAUGUAUUACAAAUGCGGUAGAUUUGAUGAGGCAAGGGCCAUUUUUUAUAAAAUGCCGGUGAAGGACUUGGUUUCUUGGAACGCUUUGUUAUCAGGGUAUGUUAGUUCUGGGCACAUAGGUGAGGCGAGGCUGCUUUUCAAAGAGAUGACGGAAAAGAACAUUCUGACCUGGAUGAUAAUGAUAUCGGGGUUAGCCGAAAACGGGUUUGGAGAAGAAGGUUUGAGGCUGUUUUCUUGUAUGAGGAAAGAAGGUUUCGAGCCUUGCGAUUACGCCUUCUCGGGUGUGAUCAAGUCAUGUGCUGUGCUUGGAGCUUAUGGCAACGGACAACAGUUCCAUGCUCAAUUGGUUAAAAUAGGAUUUGACUCGAGCCUCUCUGCUGGAAACGCCCUCAUUACAAUGUAUGCGAAAUGCGGAGUUGUGGAGGACGCUAGGCAGGUGUUUCUAACCAUGCCUUGUCGUGACUCGGUUUCUUGGAAUGCUUUGAUUGCUGCAUUGGGACAGCAUGGACAUGGUGCUGAAGCAGUAGACGUGUAUGAGGAGAUGUUGAGAGAAGGGAUAAGACCUGAUCGGAUCACGUUUCUUACGGUUUUGACAGCGUGUAGCCACGCAGGUUUAGUGGACCAGGGACGGAGAUACUUUGAUUCGAUGGAGACUGUUUACCGAAUACCUCCAGGUGCAGAUCAUUACGCAAGGCUGGUGGAUUUGCUCUGUCGGUCUGGGAAGUUCUCUGAAGCGGAAAGUGUAAUCAGAUCGUUACCUUUUGAACCUACUGCACAAAUAUGGGAAGCUCUUCUUUCGGCUUGCAGAGUCUAUGGAAACAUGGAGCUAGGGAUCAUCGCUGCUGACAAACUCUUUGGUCUCAUACCGGAACACGACGGGACGUACAUGCUCUUAUGUAACAUGUACGCAGCUGCUGGCAAGUGGGAGGAAGCGGCAAGGGUGCGUAAACUAAUGCGGGAUCGAGGGGUGAAGAAGGAACUGGCUUGUAGUUGGAUUGAAGUGGAGUCACAAGUGCACACAUUUGUGGUGGAUGAUACGUUUCAUACAGAGGCACAAGCUGUUUACAAUUACCUUCAAGAGUUGGGUGAAGAGAUGAGGAGAUUCGGGUAUGUGCCGGACACGAGCUUUGUGUUGCACGACGUAGAGUGUGAUGGUCACAAGGCAGAUAUGUUGACUACUCAUAGUGAGAAGAUGGCGGUUGCGUUCGGGCUGAUGAAGCUUCCUCCGGGAACAGCAAUCAGGGUGUUUAAGAACUUGAGGACUUGUGGAGAUUGUCAUAAUUUCUUCAGGCUGUUGUCGCGGGUGGUGCAGCGAGACAUUAUAUUGAGAGAUAGGAAGAGGUUUCAUCAUUUCCGGGAUGGCGAGUGUUCUUGUGGUAACUUCUGGUAA